AUGGUUUUUCAUGGGCGGUGCAGCCGCGUCUUCCCUCCCCAGCUUGGCACGCUACAGAUCAUUCACGGCAACGGCACAGCCGUGGGGACAGUGAUAAUGUUCCAAUGCUCUACCGAGCACCAGCUGGAGGGACCGGGCGUCAUCACCUGUGUUUGGAAAGGGAAUGGUACCCAGUGGACAGCCGGAGUGCCCUCCUGCAAGCCCAUAUCAAAAUAUGAGACUUUUGGAUUUAAGGUCGCAGUGAUCGCCUCCAUCGUGAGCUGUGCCGUCAUUCUGCUGAUGUCCAUGGCUUUUUUAACUUGUUGUCUCAUCAAGUGUGUGAAGAAAAGUGAAAGGAGGAGGACUCAAAG